AUGGACCUUAUGAACCGCGUCUACAAGCCAAUGCUAGACAAUUCAGUGAUUGUUUUCAUCGACGAUAUUCUUGUAUAUUCAAAAAGCGAAGCGGAGCAUGGAUGUCAUUUGCGUGAAGUAUUUGAAACGCUUAGGCGUGAGAGACUUUAUGCAAUGUUUUCGAAAUGUGCCUUUUGGCUACGUGAAGUACAGUUUCUAGGACAUGUUAUUAGUGCCGAUGGAGUUUCAGUAGAUCCGUCCAAAAUAGAAGCUGUGUCUAAAUGGAAACCUCCAAAGAAUCCAUCAGAGAUUAGGAGUUUUCUAGGUCUUGCGGGUUAUUAUCGGAGAUUUAUACAAGAUGUCUCGAAAAUUGCAACUCCAUUAACUAAGUUGACCCGUAAAGAUGAGAGAUUUGUAUGGGGGUAG